AUGGCAGAAUUUCUCGAGUUAGAAGCCCAAGAUGCUGUACGGAUGCCAUGGAACGUUUUGCCAGGGACCAAAGCCGAAUCCGCACAGUGUAUUAUCCCGAUCUCCGCCAUUUAUACGCCCUUGAAACCCCUCCCGCCGUCCACCCCAGUUGUGCCGUACACCCCACUGCGGUGCCGGAAUUGCCGAUCAGUGUUGAAUCCCUUUUCCAUUGUGGAUUUCUCCACCCUCACUAGUAAGCUAUGGAUCUGCUGCUUUUGUCUUCAGAGGAACCACUUCCCGGCGGAAUACCAGGGUAUCUCCGAGUCCAAUUUGCCGGCGGAGCUUUUCCCAAGCUACACUACUAUUGAGUAUGAGGAUCAAAAUAUAACUGCCGGGUCUUCCGUUACUGGUCCUAUAUUUUUCUUCGUCAUUGAUACUUGCAUUAUCGAGGAGGAGAUGGGGCAUGGUCAUGAUAUUGAAGUGCAGCAAAGCGUUUUAGGAGUUAGAUUGUCUCAAACUGUUAGAGGAUAUGUAGUGGGAAUGAUGCCUGAAAAUUGUCUUAUUGGUUUGAUCACAUUCGGUACGUAUGUUCAUGUUCAUGAGGUAGGAUCUGGCCAGAUUCCGAAGGUCUAUGUUUUCAAGGGAUCAAAAGAGGUAUCAAAGGAGAAUGUUUUGGAGAGUCUAGGUUUAUUGGGUGGUAAGCCAAAGCCAGGAAGUGGAGUUAUCGCCGGUCCAAGAGAUGGCCUGUCCCCUGAGAGUAUUGCUCGUUUCUUGUUGCCUGCUUCAGAAUGUGAAUUUGCGUUCAACUCGAUAUUGGAAGAGCUUCAGAAAGAUCCUUGGCAAGUUCCAGCAGAUCGAAGGGCGGCCAGAUGCACUGGUACUGCAUUAAGUGUGGCUGCUCAUUUGAUGGGAUUAUGUGUUCCCGGCUCUGGUGCCAGAAUUAUGGCAUUUUUAGGUGGCCCACCCACAGAAGGGCCAGGCUCUAUUGUGUCUAUGGAUUUGUCUGAGCCUGUACGUUCCCAUAAAGACCUGGACAAAGAUAAUGCACCAUUUUAUCAUAAAGCGGUGAAAUUCUAUGAAGGAAUAUCUAAACAACUUGUUCAUCAGGGGCAUGUACUUGAUGUUUUUGCUUCUGCACUUGACCAGGUUGGGAUUGCUGAACUGAAAGUAGCAGUAGAGAAAACUGGAGGAUUUGUCAUUCUCGCUGAAAGUUUUGGCCACUCAGUUUUCAGGGAUUCGUUGAAACGUGUUUUUCAGUCUGGGGAUCAUGAUCUUGGAUUAUCUUCAAAUGGAAUAUUUGAGGUUAACUGCUCGAAGGAUAUCAAAAUUCAGGGGAUUCUUGGUCCUUGUGCAUCACUUGAUAAGAAAGGGCCUUCGAUCUCAGAAAAUCCUAUUGGUCAAGGGAAUACCACAGCUUGGAAGAUGUGUGGCCUUGAUAGAACCACAUCAUUAUGCUUACUACUUGAAGUUGUAAAGAAGGAGAGCCCAGAUGCUAUUGCUCAAUCAGCAAACAACCUGUUUUACUUCCAAUUUUUAACCUAUUAUCAGCACAGUAGCGGAAAAAUGAGACUUCGUGCAACUACGUUUUCCAGAAGAUGGGUUGCUGGUCCUGGAAGCAUACAGGAACUGGUGGCUGGAUUUGACCAAGAAGCUGCAGCUGUUGUCAUGGCACGCCAAGUUUCUUUCAAAAUGGAAACUGAGGCUGAAUUUGACCCCAUUAGGUGGUUGGACAAAUCUCUGAUUCACAUAUGUUCUCGAUUCGGUGACUAUCAAAAGGAAAAUCCAUCUUCUUUCUGCUUAUCUCCUAGAUUUUCAAUAUUUCCUCAGUUCCUGUUUAACUUGCGGCGCUCUCAGUUUGUCCAAGUUUUCAACAAUAGCCCUGAUGAAACAGCAUAUUUCCGAAUGAUUUUGAACAGGGAAAAUGUGGCAAAUUCAGUGGUUAUGAUCCAGCCAUCCUUGAUCUCUUACUCUUUUAAUUCUCCUCCGGAACCAGUUCUACUUGAUGUUGCUGCUAUUGCUAGUGACAGAAUUCUUCUUUUGGACUCUUAUUUUACGAUUGUUGUAUUUCAUGGGGCAACCAUUGCUCAAUGGCGAAAAGCUAGAUACCACGAACAGCCUGAACAUAUGGCAUUUGCUCAGUUGCUACAAUCUCCUCUUGAUGAUUCAGAAUCAAUUAUCAGGGAAAGGUUUCCAGUACCUCGUCUUGUCGUCUGUGAUCAACAUGGCUCCCAGGCACGUUUUUUGCUGGCAAAGCUUAACCCUUCGGCAACACACACUUCUGAUACUAUUCGUGGAGAUGUCAUAUUCACCGAUGAUGUCAGUUUUGAAGUUUUCUUGGAUCAUCUUCAGCGGUUGGCUGUGCAAUAG